CAUGCGUACAAAGCGAAUCGUCGGCUCGAGCAUGCCGUUUAGCGAUCACGCGAGUUAUUCCGGUGAAAUUCACGGAAUAGUGAGCGUCGUUCGUGUCUUAGAAGUCGCGUUUGAGAAAUCGCGUUUAGAAAGUGAGAUUAGGCGGAAUAUAAUUGCUAGUUGAUUUGAUAUCGGUAGAUAGUUUAUAUCAGAUUUGUGUUAUUUAUUCUCGAAGAAGAUGUCGAGGAAGUUCAACGAAUCAAAAAUGGGGGGUGAAAACAUCCGAGGAAACGAGAACAAGAGUUAUUUCCGUCGUAAUAACAUCAGAAGGAAUAAUGGUGAAUCUAAUAUCGGUCCCAUUAAACAUUGCAUAUCAUUUAAGAAUGAAAGAUUUAACAAUAGGGAAAUGUCGCGUAAAUUGCCACUGGUGAAUUCAAUUAAGAAUAGUUUUCUGACUGACUCGAACAGAGAUACAAGACGAGUCAUAAUUAGUCCAAGAGAUAGAGACCAAGGAGACAGAGCUUGGCAAAUCACGUCUCAGAGAAGAAACCACUCUAUGCCAUUCUAUAAGAAUUUAAAAAAAGGUCAAUUAGAUUUUACAUCGCGCCCUCUUUCUGUGAUAAACUCCAAUUAUUAUAGAAUUAUCAUACCAUAUGGUUAUAAAUACGAGAAAGACGAUGUAAUAAGAUCCUUAGUAAAUUUUAUCGCGCCUCAAAUAUUUGUUCCUAUAAUGUAUAAGGUGAUAGGAAAGGAAGCUAGUUUUUAUGUAGACGAUUAUAAGAAGGCAAAUGCAUUGAUAAACUGUGACCGCAAGAUUACAAUGAUUGAUGGAUUUAAAUUACAAAUAAGACUAGGGCAACAUAAAGGAUUUCCAGUAUGUGAGAUUGAUGACAAGUUGAAGGAACGAUUAAAGCAAGCAAUGGAAAAGAGAUACAUUCGAGAGACAAAUGCUUUAGAUUUGUCUAAGUUUCAUCUAGAUCCAGAUCUUGUCUCUGAUUAUUUUUGUGCAUUGUUUCAUCCUGACAUAUUGAUGACUGUGUUGGAUAUUGUAGCCGAAUAUAUACCGAAUUUGGAAGCCUUAAACUUAGAAGACAACAAAUUACAGAAUAUCGAAAGGCUCAGCGUUUUAAGAGAUAAAUUCUUAAAGCUGAAGAUUUUUUACAUUGGUAAAAACAAAAUCAGAGACAUUCAGCAGCUUGAUUCCAUCAAGAAUCUGGAACUCAGCGAAUUGAAGUUAACUGGAAAUCCUGUGUGCAACAAAUAUAAAUUUCAACAAAGUGAUUAUAUUAGUGAUGUCCGAAAGCGGUUUCCAAAACUAAUGCACUUAGAUGGUGUUGAAUUACCACGACCGAUUGUUUUUGACAUAGAUGAAACUAAAAUUCCUCCAUCACAGAGAAUGUUUGUUACCGAUGUCGCAGCGCGAGAGAUUGCGGGUGUUUUUUUGCAACAGUAUUUCAUGAUAUUUGAUAGUGAGAAUCGCCAAGCCUUACUUAAUGCUUAUGACAAAGACGCUAGCUUUAGUAUGACUAUAACCGAUUCUUACAAAUUAAAUGGAUAUUUUAUGAAAAAUCGGAAUUUAUUGAAAAUAAAUGACACGAACAAAAGACACAAGUUAUUGAAACAGGGUAGAUUACCUGUAGUUUCUCUAUUAUCAGAAAUGCCACGAACAAGGCAUUUGCUAAAUACUUUUACUAUGGACAUCUCUCUUGUUACACAAGCAAUGAUGUUCAUUACACUAACGGGUUACUUCCAAGAGCUUAACAACAGAGAUGAACCGAUUCGCCACUUCAAUCGGACAUUUAUGAUCGUUCCGAAAGAUGAUGGAUUCGGAUACUGUAUUCGGAAUGAGCAGUUGCAUAUCAGUCAACCGCCUGAGGCGCAACUGAAGCAACUACGUCAGCAUUUGAAUCAGCCAUUAAAUGAUCAGCAAACUCAGGAGACGUUGGCGAUGGAAGUCGCAGAAGUCGCAGAAGUCGGAGAAGUCGCAGAAGUGGCGAUGACAAUGGAACCUACCGAGGAGAUAAAACAGCAGAUGACAGUAACAUUAAGUCAGCAAUCGACUAUGAAUCUGGAAUGGAGCUUGAAAUGUUUACGAGAAACGGAAUGGAACUACGAGAAUGCACUCUCCGCUUUUCAAGAACUUUAUAAAUGUGGACAGAUACCACUAGAAGCGUUUACAAAGUAGAUGUGUGAGUAUAUAAUACCCAUCAUUGUGAUAAUAGCUAGUCAAAAA